AUGCUCGAAGCUGAUUUCCGCAACACGGUUCAAGGUGAUCUGUCCGUGCUCAGCUACUCCCAACGCCUGAAAGCACUGGCCGACGCACUCGCCGACGUUGGGCAGCCUGUCUCCUCCGACACGCUCGUCCUCACUCUCCUCCGGUGCCUCAACGACAAUCUACGGCACAUGGUAGCCAUUAUCAAGACACGAUCACCAUUACUGUCAUUCCUCGAGGCCCACUCACUGUUAACCCUCAAGGAGGCUGAUCUACAGGUGAGAAAAUCCACGACGGCCAUGGCUCUUAUGGCUCCUUCCACCAGCAAGGCAACUACACACUCCUCCAGCUCCUCCCCUUUCGGCACCCCCUACUAG